AUGCUAGACAUAUCCGAAACCUCAUACAGAGUCUCCAUCACUCUCGACACCCUUGAAUAUGGCGAAGACGAAGCAGAGCAGCCCGUGAUUUGCCUCGAAGUCUCCUACCCCGAAGAAUAUCCCGAUGUUGGCCCUAACCUCAACAUUACUUCCCCGCCCAAUGCCCCGAGACAUCCUCGACUAGACGUCCAGGAGGACCGGGACCAGCUCAUGCAGGCUCUCGAGCCCACUAUCGAGGAAAAUAUGGGCAUGGCCAUGGUAUUCACACUAGUCAGCGCCCUGAAAGAAAGUGCCGAGCUCCUCAUGACCGAGCGGGCAGACGCCAUCCAAGCCGAGAAGGAUCGGGCAGCCGCCGCUCGAGAGGAGGAAGAGAACCGCAAAUUCCACGGCACUGCGGUUACUGUGGAAUCAUUUUUGGAGUGGAGCGCAAAGUUCAAAAAGGAAAUGCAGGAGGAGGAGACACGGUUACGCGAGGAAAAGGAAGCGGAAGACAAAAAGAAGAAGACGGCUAAAGAUGAGAAAAAGCUCACGGGCCGCCAAUUGUGGGAGAAGGGUCUGGCCAAGGGUGACUAUGAUGAGGAAGACGAUGAUGCUAUGCCGGCCGUUGAGAAGCUCAAAGUGGCCGCAUGA